CGCGCCUUGCCUCAACGACGUUGCUCUCCGAUUUCCAACAGCCGCGACCGUCCGCGACGCUGACCGUUCUCCCCGUUCACGACCGCUCACCGCCUUGGAACACCGAAGACACACGGCUCGGCUGAUAUGGCGAAGUACCCACACAUCCGCUGCAACUGGUUUGAUGACAAGGGCCAGCCAUUGCGGUACGAUGGCAGGCUGGGCUGUCCUCGCAGUGCCAGUGAAUGCUUUUACAUCCACCCGGACAACCCGAUCUGGGCUUCUCUCAAGCCAGCUCGUCCAAGGGUUCCUCAGCAAGAAUUCAGAGACUCGUCUGCAAGCCAGGGCCGAUUCAUAAAUUCCGCGCCUCGUGCACAAACACCACCCAGAGCGCGCUCGCCACCUGCGAGUUCAUCUUUUUCUCGACCCCGCACCUCGUCUGUGCCUCGCUCGCCUGCGCUGAGCAUUGCCUCCCGCACGCGAUCCCCGCGUGGUCGUGUACGGACACCUCCACGCUCACGUUCUCCCCCCAGUGGCCCUCGCUCUGCAUCAAGGCCUCGCUCCCGUACGCCAGUGCGCCAUACCGAGCCUCGCUCUCCAUCUCCAAAGCCUCACAUGUCCCGUGAAAAACAUGCAUCCGGCUCGGACGCUCGGUUGAAUCGUGAACAUGCAAACAGCUCUGCUUCGUCGAGCGCACCGCCCCGGAGACAGGACAGUUCCUAUUCGGGAUCCCAUAGAGAUCCACCGCGCGCUGUGUCGCCCCCUGGCUCUCGACCGUCCGGUUCAAGUGGCAUUGUCGGUCGUCCGCGUGCCAUCAGCGGUGCCAGCGCGAGCUCUGCUUCUCAUCGACAAGGUAGCGUGCCCUCCGAACGUAUGCGCGACCAAUCGCCGACCGCGCCUGCGACGCCGGUGGCACCUACUAACUCGAUGGACGGCCGUUUCCGUCCCAUAUCUCUUGGUCCCCGUGCGCAAAUGAACGGUGUCAGAGCUCAUACUCCAUCACAUUCAUCCUCCAUGCCGCCUCCGCCUGUUCCCUCAAUGCCACCACCACCGACGCCACCGCUUUCAUCAACGUCGAGCGACCACGCCAUCGUUGCCAGACCGCCGCCCAGGGAGUUGUCGUAUACCGAGAAGCGUGAUCUGUGGGUCGAGCGCAUCAAGCUGCUCACAGACGCCACGAUUGCUCGCGCUGAAUACCUCAAGUUGACUCAGGAGGUGGAAAAGUACCAGCGUCUGGUCCGAUCUGCCCGAUACAACAGCAUAUCCGAGGAAGAUCAAGCGCGUCUGGACGCCCAAUUAUCGGAGGUGAAUGGGCGGCUCGAUGCGAAGAAGAGCGAGUUGAACUCAGUCUUGCCGCGUUUAAUCGACGCCGACUUCUGGGGUGCCACCGUGGACUCCCCUCCCAGCAUGGAUGAAUUUCGCACGGAAGUGCAUACAAUUAUUUCGGAACUUAACAAGAAUAUGCAGAGGCUCCACGAGCAGUACGAAGAACUGCGGACAAAGGCCACUGUCGCAUCGGAAACCCCCAUGGAGAUCGACGCCGCCGGGUGGCAUGUACAUGAAGGACCACCUGCUAAACGUCGGCGAUUAUCCAUUGGUGAAGCAAACAUUGCAGUCAGCGAAGAUGACCGCAAGCCUAAUGGUGAUGUUCUCGGCGGGGGAGCGGUCCUCCACGACCGCGUCCUCAAUAUCGAAGCGCGUGUAACGGACAUAGAGAAUGAGAUUGUCGAGCGAGAUCAAACCUUGCACGAGGAGGUCGAAGAACUAGUCCGCUUACAAGUGGAGGAGCAUCGCAAACAAGCCAAGGCCGAAACCCGCUCGAAGAGCCCUGCGUCAGCACCCAAACCUCCACCUCACAACGCGGGUCUCCAGCGCGUUGAAGCUGAACUAGCAACCACUGGCAGUCAGGUAGAAGAAGUGGCUAUUGAAGUUGCCAGCUUGAUUACACAGAUGGAUGCAAGGAAUCAGGAACAUGCUCGUCUGGCAAAAGAGAAUCAGCUCCUCCGUGAUCGCAUCGCUGUACUUGAACAGCUGCGGACGGCGGACGCUGCGGCAAUCGAAGCUACCAAAGCCGAGAUAAAGGCCCUCAGUGCUGCCGUCCAGAGUUAUAUUACUCAGGCCCCCGCUCAGACGCAGCCUGUACCCCUGCAGCAAAUACCCACUUUAGACGAAAUCCUCAGCAGAAUUCAUCCGUCACUCAUUCAAUCACUCCAUGAGGAUAUCGAGCCGCGCCUUCUGGAUACCCAUGGAACUAUUCGAACAAUGUUGCAAGAACAGCUCAAUAAUGUAUACACUACAUUGCUGUCCAAAAUGAAUCCUACCAUGAAGACAGUCGACGUCGUCGCGGCGUGGAUGGAGCGUGUACGACGAGGGGAGGCAUUCGUGGAUAAUCCUGUACAAUCCCACAAUUCGCAAUGAAGGAUUGGUCCGGGUUCUUGGUCAAGUCCGUUGGCGGAUUGAGAUUCGAGCGACAGUAUGUCACAUGUAACCUGUAGGGCAGCAUGUACCAGACAAUUACGUAGACAGUACAUAUGUAUAUGAAUCCUGUAUGCAUGUUGGCGAAUCAGUAGGUAAGCGUCGCAAAAAUGGACCCUCCGAG